UAAACCAGAGAUUGAAACUGGUUAGGCUGAAACUGGGAGCUGGUUUACGAGAACCAAAACAAAUCUGAACCGUGUGAAAGAAACUCAAACCAUUAAUUACGGAUUUGCUCUCUCUCUCUCUCUCUCUCUCUCGGUGAUUCUUGAUUUGAUCCUGAGAUUAGGCUCCCCUGCUCGCUCACCGGAUCCUCGCCGUCCGUUGAAAAUCUCUCCCAGCUAAAGGGACAAUUCUUGUGUUGUCAUGACGAGCCUGCUAUGGUUAACAGCAGAAGAGGCUGCAAAGAACAGAGGCAAAGUUCUUUCCUUGUACCGCCAGUUACUAAGGAGCGUGAACUCACCGAAACUGCAGCUUAGUUACGCUUCAAGACUCGCCAAGAAAGCUGAGAUUAAGACCAUCUUCUUGUUUGGCUCCGAAGAGAUUUCCAAACACAACGUCGCCGAUCUCAUCCGUACCGGUGAAUAUGCUCUUUCUCAGUUGAAACAAGGCAAGAUCCCAAACAACACUACUCAGUAUUGAGCCAUGUAGUUGCUUCCAUUUGCAAAUCUUCAUGCAUUCACAAACGGUGUGACGCUCUUUUUGUUUAUUUGAGAACAUACAUUGAAUCAGCUUUCCCGUACAACGUUUUGGUUCGAUGCAGUUUGAAUAAACAAGUGAUUACUUGUAAUGCACAACAAGUCGAGUUAGGAGUGAAUGAUUCACAUUAUGCCAUAACUCAUGUGAAUUAUAAAUAGUAAGUGAUUACUUGUAAUGCA